AGCAAAUCGCACUAGUACAACGAACUAUGUUUCGUUACAAACAUUGGCCGGGUGAAGGAGUUCCAAGCAAGCCAAGUCGCCUGUUCAUUUUAUCGGUUGACAUUAAAGAGGUGGAUGAUGCUGGUGAUGCAGUUGCUGAGGGCUACAGUGAAGCAUGCUGGGAGCAGUCCCCAGUGCAGGGCUAAGCGAUUGAGCUCAGCAGUAGCUGGGAUCAGCUCAUCCUCUCAACACACCUGCACUGAUACUGACCACCCCAAAGUCCUCAUCACUGGAGGGCUUGGACAGCUAGGAAUAGGGCUCGCCAAGUUGCUGAGGAGACAAUUUGGAAAAAACAAUGUGAUCCUGUCUGACAUCAGGAAACCUCCCAAACAUGUCUACCAUAAUGGUCCAUUCAUCUUCUCAGACAUCCUGGACUUUAAGAACCUCCAGAAGAUUGUGGUGAACAACAAUAUCAGCUGGCUAGUUCACUAUUCAGCUGUGCUGUCCGCUGUGGGAGAGAACAACGUCGCUCUGGCCAAAGAGGUCAACAUCACGGGUCUCCAUAACAUAUUAGACAUAGCAACCGAACAUGGUCUACGUGUGUUUGUCCCCAGCACGAUGGAGGCCUUGGGUCCAUCCACAUCCAGUGACCCCACCCCUGAGCUGUGUGUGCAGAGACCACGCACCAUCUACGGUGUCUCAAAGGUCCACGCAGAGCUGAUGGGUGAGUACUACCACCACAGGUUUGGGCUGGAUUUCCGCUGUCUCAGGUAUCCAGGCAUCAUAUCAGCUGACUCCCAGCCUGGAGGAGGGACCACAGAUUAUGCUGUCCAGAUCUUCCACGCAGCUGUAAAAACGGGUUGUUUUGAGUGUAACCUGCGCAGUGACACACGGCUUUCUAUGAUGUACAUUGAUGACUGUCUCAGGGCUACUCUAGAGUUCUUGGAGGCUCCGGCAGACGCACUGGUCACCCGCACCUACAAUAUCAACGCUAUGAACUUUACGCUGCAUCACCUCAUCCAGGAGAUACAGAAAGUCCUGCCGGACCUUAAAGUCACCUACAAUGUGGAUCCUGUCCUGCAGGGUAAAGCUGAUGGCUGGCCAAUGGCAUUAGAGGACAGCGCAGCGAGGCGGGACUGGGGCUGGAAGCAUGAGUAUGAACUCUCCGAGUUGGUGCAGACCAUGCUGACUCACAUCACUACGGGCAACCAGCUGGCACAAGCCUACUGAGCCUUUUGUAGCAACUCCAUACAAAGCUUAAAAGAGCUUUAAGAGAAACCUUUAGUGGUUACACUUUAAAAAAGUUAUGUCUUUAUAAAAAUCUGGAGAACCUAAAUAACUACUAACACUAUGAUAAUGAAACUAAGAUAUCAACCGCCAUAUCAGAGGCACAAAAACCUUCCAGACCUCUCAAUUUCAUAUUUUUAAUCAGAUUUGGGGUUUUUAACCCAUCUGCGUCUCUCACCAUGCUCCUCCCUCCUCAUCCAUCCAUCCAUCUCAUCUCUCUUUUAUCUCUCUUUUCUUCUCCAUCCAUUCAGCUUUUAGUGCGAAACUAAUCUGAUGCAAGAGCAUGCAGGAUCCCAUCACUUAGUUACUGAACUUUUAAGAGUUGAAUGUACUUUAUGUAUGUAUUUAUGUGUCGUGUUUUAUCUGUAAGUAUGCAGGUGACUUCUGCUAGCUUACUAAAUGUGCAUCUGUCAUCUGUAGCAGCUAAAUGCUUGCCUUAAAAUCUGAAAAACAGUAAGCUUUAAAUAAAAGAUGCACUCCAACUGGUCACCAAUAUGUACUGUAACCAUAAACACUGAAAGGCUUUACCAUGGGUACUGUUACUAUAGAAACUGAUAAUCCUAGCCAGUGGUACUGUAGUUUACAGGUGCUUUAACCAUAGUUGCUUAGCCGGGCUGUCGGGUUAAAAAUAAGUGUUUGAGUUAAAGAAUUGUUUCUGAAAGCUACUUCACCUUUGCACUAGGUACUUUAAAUAUUUUUUUUAAUUUAUUUAAAUUAUUUUCAUUGUUGCGUUCUGUUUUUGAACUGGGCCUCUGUGCUCAACAUAUAUGAAUGUUAAAUCAAUGAAUGUAUUAGCAGUCAUUUUCAUGUAUUGAGGGAAAUAUAGCUCCUCAGUUUUAGUCUUAAAUCUGUGAAUGAAAUGCGAAGAAUGACAGGGAGUGGGCGUCAGAGCUCAACUUGUUUUUGUUUCUUUAAUAUGGAUGUUAUUUAUAAUGCAAUUAUUUGCAGCUUUUUCUGUCAAAUCAAAAGGACAACUUUUUUCUUUUAAUAAAUAUUUGAAUGAAA